GUGCAGUAGUCUAAACCACACGGAAGCUGGUCAAACUGAGUCUCGUUCUACUUCUGAAAUUAAAUACAUUACCCCCAGUGACGGUACGUUGAUGUCAUAACGCAACAGCAUCGACAUGGGUAAAGGCUGCAAGGUAGUGGUGUGUGGCCAAAUAGCUGUUGGGAAAACCGCCAUACUCGAACAGUUGUUGUACGGCAGUCAUGAUGUAGGUAGUGAGUCCACUGAGACCCAAGAAGACGUGUAUGUAGCUUCAGUGGAAACUGACCGAGGGGUGAAAGAGCAGCUCAGACUGUAUGACACCAAGGGUCUCCAUGACUCACAGGACCUCCCCAAACACUACUACUCUGUAGCAGAUGGCUUUGUUUUGGUCUAUAGCGUGGACAGCAUGGAGUCCUUCAAAAAGGUAGAAUGUCUAAAAAAAGAGAUUGACAAGUCCAAAGAUAAAAAAGAGGUGACCAUCAUCGUUCUGGGGAACAAGACAGACCUGCGUGAGCAUCGACAAGUGGAGCAGGAAUUGGCACAGCAAUGGGCUCGGGUUGAGAAAGUGAAACUGUGGGAGGUUAGCGUCACCGAGCGCAACUCGCUCAUCGAGCCAUUCACCCAUCUAACCAGCAGGCUCACGCAACCUCAGAGCAAGUCUUCAUUUCCUCUACCUGGACGCAAGAACAAGGGCGUUCCAAACAGUGAUAUGUGACACCGAAGCUCUCCCAUGUAGUGACUAGAAUUUAACUGAUCUCUACUAGUUUGUGAUCCAAUGAGCCUUCUGAAGUUGUUCAUAGAGAAUCUGUUUGAAAUAAUUAACUGAGCGUUGUAAGCAUUUGCACUGUCCAUGUUGAGAGAAGUAUUUAUUUUUACUACUUGUGUUUCCAACAUGUCCAAGCCUCAUUCCUGGUUAGUGUCCAAUAUAUUUUCACAUUCCUUUCUGACAUUUAUUCAAACUGUAGAGCUAGUCUUCAGAAUUUCCAAUUUAAAUGUUUACAGAAAACUUGCACAUGUCUGUAUGUGUAAAUGCCUUGGAUGGUAAUGAUUAUGUUUUACUUUUAAUAUAUGUGUUCCAUCAUGUAAAUGGACAAGCCCAGUGUAAAGAUGUCUCAGCCUUGUUUUGCAAUAAUCUAACUAUCUGCUGCAUUUGUUUCUAAAAACUAAACAAACCAAAAAAUGUAUAGGAGGUAUCCUCCCUGUUGUAGCAUAAUUUGACGUCCCAAUAUUGCAAAAUCUAGAAAGAUCACUCUUGUUAAAGAAACAAAAUAAAAGAAUAUGA